GCUUGGAUGUUUGUUGUAUAUGACACACCGGCACAACAUCCCCGCAUAUCGGACUCCGAGUUGCAGUUAAUUAUGGACAACAUAAACGUGUCGUUCCUUAACGCAGAAAAGGCUAGAAAAAAGAUCAUCCCGUGGAAAGCCAUCUUACUGUCCCUUCCCAUGUGGGCCAUAGCUGUAGCCAAGUUUUGCGGCGCGUGGGGUAACCUAAUGCUGAUGUCCAAACUGCCCACUUAUCUCGAGUCGGUGCUACACAUGUCCAUCGAAAUGAUAGCAAAUGGGUUAACGAAUGGCAUUAUAACGGCUGUAGUCUAUGUGGCGUUGAGUGUAUCGCUCACAUCAUUUGGAUUCAUAUCUGAUUGGAUCGGACAGAAACGGCUCAUCAAUGAUACCCUUUCCCGCAAAAUAUUUGAGACGAUCGCUUUGGGCGGACCGGCUGUUUGUCUGGCACUCAUACCACUAGUCAAAUGCGAUCUCACUUUAGUGAUCGUACUGUUAGUCAUAGCAAUGAUUAUAUUUGGUUUGAACGCCGGCGGCGAUAAGCCAGUGGUUGUGGACAUAGCGCCCGACCAUUCGGGCACUAUAUAUGGCAUAACCAAUGCCAUCGCUAGUUUGCCCGGUAUUUUAGCGCCUCUAUAUGUGGGCUACUUCUUGGAAGGAAGUUAUGGGAGUCUUAAGCAGUGGAAUAUAGUCUUCUACUCUUCGGCCGGUUUUUACAUUUUUGGUUUAGUUUUCUUCAUUAUUUUU